CUUGUCUCUCCGCACCAUACUCACCCGUUCCAGUUCCUGGGCGCUGAUUUUUUCCGGUUAUAUAAAUGGAAGGAAUUGUUCUACAUAGUACCGAUAACUCACCCCCGUCGUUUCCGAGCUUCAAACUGGCACUUCGAAUUAAUUUCUUAGUAAUUUCUUAGUCCCAAGCUUCCCCCCGAUUUUCUCCUGCGCCUUCAUAUGACCGUCCCCAUGAAUAAGCGGGUACUUCGGUGGAGUGUGCUUCUAUGUAUGCUACCAUGGUACGUUACGUCCACCCAGGCCACGCAUUCACCAUCUGAAGUUAGUUCUCGCGUCGUAGCCUCCUUUCGGCCCCAACGUCUGUUACAGACGACCACACUCUUUCAGUUCCGUCAACAACGACCUCUUCCUCUCCUACCGUUAACACACUCUCACCACUACCACUCUAUACUUGGCGGCCCAGUGCUCCUGUACGUAGCACGUCUACCAACGGCUACAUUCACCAGAAACCCGUCGCCAUGUUCCUUGAAAUCCUCGGAGGCAUUAUAGCAAUUGCCAUCGUCCUCAGCCUUAUACGCUGUAUCAUCAGCUACAGACGUACACCCAAACGCGACCGCAUCGCAGCCAUUAUUCACAGGCAUCAAUUGCAUCGCGAAAUGGAUGAUCUUGAAUAUCGGAUGAGUCCGUUCUACAAUGGCAAGCGCUCAUCCUUGAAAGAGCUACCACCACCACCGUAUUUCCCCCGUCCACCUGCGUACGAGCUAGAAGACACACCGCCUCCUAGCCCCGUUCGCUCGGAAUUCGUUCAGGUGGAUAUUGCCUGUCCUUUCCCCUCCCCAACAGUAACGACACAGCGAGGAAGACGGUUCACACUCCGUAACAUAUAGGAGUAGAGGGCGCCCUAGGGGGCCCUGAGGCAGGAAUAUAUCGAACAUAUCGCAGGCCAGUACAUACUGUAUUACCUUAACGCUUGUGGAGGACAUUUUAACGUGAUUUACAGCGUCUUAUUGGCAACUUACUUCAUUGUACAGUAGAAACUGGUUAUACUUUUACCCUGUUGUGAAUCGAUAUCAGGGUUAUUGCUUGGACGCAUUAUAUUUGGCACAUA